AUGAAUCUCCCCCUCGCCCUUGCCUUUUUCUUUUCCCAGGACAUCUUGCCAGCCUCGGCCCAGCUUCACUGGUUAGCUCAGCAGGCUGGUCUUGUCUAUUUCGGCGCAGCCACCGACACUCCCUUCCAGCGUGAGCGCGAGCCAUGGUCAGCGGAACGGCACUCCCGCUACAAAAAAAUCAUACGCAAUCCAAAUGAAUUCGGGCAGACAAAACCUACCAACGGCCAGAAAUGGCUGUUCACUGAGCCCUAUCUCCGCAUAUUCAACUUUACCGAAACUGAUAUCGUCACAGACGAAGUAGCACGGAAAGAAGGCAAACUGCUACGGUGCCACGCGCUGGUGUGGCAUAACCAACUCGCUCCAUGGGUCGAGGGAAAAGAGUGGACAAAAGAAGAGCUUGCUGAGGCCAUUGAGAGAUAUCAUGGUGUGUUUAUCGACGGUAUUGGCAUGCAGGGCCAUUUUGUUGCCGAAAACCAUCCUAGUGCCGAAGAGUUGAAGGAAACGAUGCGGGGGUAUAUAAAGCUGGUGGAUGAAGUGGCGAUCACAGAACUUGAUGUGCGAAUCAAGCUUCCCAUAGAUGAGCAAAAGCUCCAAUGGCAAAAGGAAGCCUACCAGAAGGUGGUAGAGGCAUGUGUGAAAGUCAGGAAAUGUAUCGGAAUAACGCUCUGGGAUAUCUAUGACCCUUUCAGUUGGGUGCCCCACUAUUUCCCAGGAGAUAGGGAGCCUUUGCUGUGGUUCUGA